AUGCUACGAUUGAAGUCUAUAUUCGCGAUCUUGCUAGCCUUAAGCUCCCUCUUGGGUAGAGCCCAAGCAUUUUGGUGGGAAGAGUGGCUCCAACAAACAGUCAUCGGCUAUACAACAGUUUCCGAAUCCCAAGCUCUGCGCAUCAAUGAACAUAAUAAGCCAGUUGUACAAGAAUCCGAAUACCGUACCCAAUUAGGACCUGGCUUAGUUGGUACCUGGAAGGGUGAUGAAGGGAGUUGGUAUUGUGCUAUUAAAGCGAGAAAUUGGAAGAUGAAAAUGAUCGGCAAAGCUUUCGUCCCUAAAACUUUUAUGGGAACUACCGUCAAUGGUAUUGAGCAAACCCAAUUAUGGGGCGCAGACGAAGAAGUCAUCGUGGAAUACAUUCGGAACAAGCUAGGGAUGUCACACCCGGCGAACGCGCUACGACUUUCCUGGGUUUUGGGUAUAAAGUGGCAGCUGCAAAUGGCUAUUCCAAAGAAAGUGGUAGAUGAGGAUAAAUUGGACUUAUGGGCCCAAUGCUUUAGAACAGAAGCUGAGCUGUACGCUUUUUCGAACAAAGUUAUUGAUUUUGAGGCUUGGACCAUUGCAGGAGAUCCUGGAUGGCCGACCUCCAUUCUUCCAGAAAGACCUAGACAAGCCGACGACGACCUACAAUCAGAAGGGAGUUGUUCAAGAACUUCAAUCAAUCCAGCAAUCAUGAGGGCGCAUAGAGCUGUCCGGGCUGCAGCUGUAGCAGAAUCUUCAAUUUCUUCCCUGAGAUAUUGUCCGUCGAGGCCGAGAUUUCUCUGCUUAAAUGCAUCGAGUCGCGGCUUGAGCAUCCGGACGACCGUGGGGAAGGGAUUGGGUGCGAGAGCUUUCUCUCAGACAAGAUAUGUUCGGGCCGGGGUGGCAGAGGCAGUAUUAGAACAGGCCGCUGCAGACCCGUCCGCCCUCACGCAAAAGAAAAUCAUAGACAACUUGGACGGCGUGGAAAGAGGACGGCUAUCCAAGCUUAGGAAUAUUGGAAUUGCGGCGCAUAUCGACAGUGGCAAAACCACAGCUACAGAAAGAGUUCUCUUUUACACUGGUCGGAUCAACUCUAUCCACGAAGUUCGAGGCAAAGAUGCUGUCGGGGCAAAGAUGGAUUCCAUGGAGUUGGAGAGAGAAAAGGGAAUCACCAUCCAAUCUGCUGCGACUUUCUGCGACUGGCGAAAGGUAGAGAACGGAAAGGAGGAGACAUAUCACAUCAACUUGAUCGAUACCCCUGGACAUAUAGAUUUCACAAUCGAAGUCGAGAGAGCAUUGCGAGUUCUGGAUGGAGCAGUCAUGAUUCUCUGUGCGGUGAGCGGAGUCCAGAGUCAAACGAUCACGGUCGACAGGCAAAUGCGACGAUACAACGUUCCUCGAGUCAGUUUUAUCAACAAGAUGGAUAGGAUGGGCGCAAACCCGUUCAAGGCGGUGGAGCAGAUCAACCAAAAACUUCGGAUACCAGCUGCGGCAUUACAGGUCCCUAUUGGAGGGGAGGAUACCUUCCAGGGGGUCGUGGACUUGAUCAGAAUGAAGGCCAUUUACAACGAAGGAUCAAAAGGAGAAAUCAUCAGAGAAACCGAUGAGAUUCCGGAAAGUGUCAAGGCUCUGGCGGAAGAGAAACGACUGGUACUAAUAGAGACUUUGGCCGACGUGGAUGAUGAGAUUGCCGAGAUCUUCCUGGACGAGAAGACCCCGACGCCAGAACAAAUGAAGGCUGCCAUUCGAAGAGCGACCAUCGCUUUGAAGUUCACUCCAGUGCUGAUGGGAAGUGCAUUGGCGGAUAAAUCAGUCCAGCCGAUGUUGGAUGCAGUUUGCGAUUACCUACCAAACCCCUCCGAAGUUGAAAACUUGGCGUUGGACAGGCGAAGAGACGAGGCACCCGUGAAGCUUGUCUCUUACAACUCUUUACCUUUUGUCGGCUUGGCCUUUAAGCUCGAGGAGAGCAACUAUGGGCAACUGACUUAUAUUCGAGUCUACCAAGGAAUCAUGAAGAAGGGAAUGAACAUCUUCAACGCGAGAACGGACAAGCGAGUGAAGAUCCCUCGCAUCGUGCGAAUGCACUCCAAUGACAUGGAGGAAGUUCCCGAGAUCAGUGCUGGAGAAAUCUGCGCUGUAUUCGGCGUCGACUGUGCUUCUGGUGACACCUUCACCGAUGGUUCGUUGCCGUACUCCAUGUCAUCAAUGUUUGUUCCGGAUCCUGUCAUUUCGCUCUCCAUCAAGCCAAAAACCACCAAAGAUACGAGUAACUUCAGCAAAGCCAUGAACCGCUUCCAGCGCGAAGACCCCACCUUCAGAGUGCACGUCGAUGCGGAGAGUCAGGAGACUAUCAUCUCAGGAAUGGGAGAAUUGCAUCUUGAUAUCUACGUUGAGCGUAUGCGACGAGAAUACAAGGUCGAGGUCGAAACCGGAAAGCCACAGGUCGCUUACCGAGAGACCAUCACUGAAGAAGUCAAAUUCGACCACACCCUGAAGAAGCAGACUGGUGGCGCAGGAGAUUUCGCUCGUGUCGUUGGAUACAUGCAGCCCAUUGCCCCGGGCGAGAACGGCUACACCCCAUCCACGUUCAGACAAGAGGUCACUGGUGGUUCGAUUUCCGAGAAGUUCUUGUACGCUUGCGAAAAAGGUUUCCUCGCAUCUUGCGAGAAGGGCCCCCUUAUCGGACACCCUGUCCUUGGAACUUCCAUGGUCAUCAAUGAUGGAGCUACCCACAUGACUGAUUCGUCCGAAAUGGCGUUCAAAAAUUCCACGCAGCAAGCAUUCCGCAAGGCAUUCAAGGAGGCCAGACCCCAGGUUCUAGAACCUCUCAUGAAGACUACUAUCACAGCACCCAACGAGUUCCAGGGAAACGUUGUGGGCCUGUUGAACAAGCGAAAUGCUAUUAUCAGUGACACCGAGAUUGGGCCGGAGGACUUCACUUUGACGGCGGAUUGCAGUCUGAACGCCAUGUUCGGCUUCAGUUCUCAGCUGAGAGCUGCUACUCAGGGUAAGGGAGAGUUUGGUAUGGAAUUUAGCCAUUACGCUCCGGCUCCUGGACAAUUACAAAAAGAAUUGGUGGCUGCGCACGAGAAGGCGCAAGCGGACAGGCAUAAGUAA